UGGUCAUAUGCCCACAUGGAGCUUGUUACCGAGUCGGCAGAGCCACUGGAGCUGGACGAUCUGCAGGUCAAGUCAUACUGCACCGCGGCCUUGCGUCAGUCAUUCGGUCUCUCCGGCCAGGCGAUACCCGUGGACAUCUUGAAGACAAGCGGAUCACAGUGCUGGGUCAGGGUGCCACGCGAGGAC